AUGCCUACGCCAACUGGUUCACCUACGCCGCACCCGCUGCAGCUCCUUUCUACGCCAUUGCAGCCUUCCUCCUCGGAUGGCGCCCCGCUGACGAUCUUGCCGGCGACGUCGACUCCCGCGGCAUUCCCAACGACCUUUCGGUGUGGACUGGGCUUAUCUGAGCGCCCGGUGCGCCGCUUCUCCAAUCCUCCGAGUGGGCUUGGGCACUCGGAAGUACCUGUUUAUCAACCAUCGCCUCGUUCGGAGGGUGGUGCCUCUGCGGCCGCGAAGCGACGCGAGCGCGAGUUCUUCCACACGCGCGACGUUCUCAACAUGUCGGCCAAUCUGUCAUUCACAAGCAAUAGUCCUGUACUCGAAAACUGCUCACCUGCGUCGCUAGCCGAGUAUGAACGCAAUGGAACUACCACCGCUAGACCAUAUCGGCGCGUUGCCAGCUUCAACACCAUUCACCCAGUCGACGAUGUUCUACAACCGGAUUGCAUCUCAAGGCGUCGCCGCCCGACACACGAUUUCGAUGUCAGCCGCAGGGAGCAAAUGAAUAGGGCCCUUCACUACGAUAUCUGCGACGAACUCGACCGAUCCACUUCAUCGCUUGACUUGGCGCCGGCGCCGGAUGCCAGGGGUGACCUGCUGUACACCGGUCCGCCCGACGUCCCGCAGGAUGAAGCAAGCUGCGCUCCAUCUCCGCCUCCCUCAUUUCCCCGUCCGGAGUCCCCCAACUUCGAGGAGCAGAACGGACAUGGUAUACCUCACAAUGGCGCGCCGCUCGAAUACGAAAUCUCAAGGCUACGCGCGCGCGUAGAGGAUCUCUCGUAUCAACUCCUCGCAGUCCGCGUGAUGUGCCAGAACCUUUCCAACGCACGCAAUUUCCCGCCUAUGGUUCCCUACUGCGCCGCCCCGCAUCUAUCACCCAACGCGAUAUUCACGAGCACGGUUCAAUGCACUCAUUGCGAAUCUCACAUGCACCUUGACCUUAUUCCUCAAAGUGUGAACACACCUUUCCAGCUCGCAGUCAUGCGUAGCACUUGA